GAAUCGGAUCGGAUCCGCUUAACUUCAUAACUACCUGUAACUCACCCAUCCACAUAACCAACUUGACUUGCAAAACAAAAAGAGAGAAAAAAACAACUAGACUUGGUAAUGAAGUUGCAGCCACUAAUUAAUGGUAGGCCCAUCACUGGUAAUCUGUCAAUCUUUUGUCUUACACAGUCAGCCAAUCAAUCACUGCCAUUGACAGACUAAACUUGUAAAGAGAAAGAGACUCCUUUCAACUCCCCUUCUUCAACAAGACUCUUAAUUAGAUUCGCUUUAAUCAUAAAUUAACAAUUUUUAAUCUUGUUUAUCUUAAUAAUUCUCUGAUUCCCUCUUAAAAUUGGGUCAAAAAUUAUUCCAAAAAAAUCUUUGAAUAUUAGCAAGAUUAAAACCGCUUUAUAAAAAAAAAACCCCAUUAAUUAUAACUGAAAUUUUCUGGGAGAUUAACACGAUUGAAGAAGCGGGUAUUCCAGAUUUGCAAUAAUUAAUCAAAUGGGUAUGUCUGAAACUGGAGAAAAAAUUGAGGGUUGGUUGUAUUUGAUUAGUUCUAAUCGUCUGGGGUUGAAGAAUUCGCGAAAACGCUACUUUGUUCUUCAGAAUCAUCAUUUCAAAUGCUACAAAUCAAUCCCUAAUUCCCAGAAUGAGUUGCAUCCUGUCAAAAGCACGAUCGUAGACUCCUGCAUUCGUGUUGCAGAUAAUGGCAGAGAGAGUAUUCACAGAAAAGUAUUCUUUAUUUUCACACUUUAUAAUAGUUCUAAUCACAAUGAUCAGCUAAAGUUGGGCGCAAGUAGUCCUGAAGUAGCAGCCAGAUGGAUACAUUUCUUUCAGGAAGCAGUAUCUAAGGUGUGUCCCGUUGAUGAGAUUAGUGGAUUGGGUUGUCCCAAGAACACAUGGCAGUCUUACAGAUUGAACAGUUCUAAGAGGAUACAUCAUUCCAGUUCAACAAAUUGGCCUAAUGGUUCAUCUUCUCAAAUGGAUCUUAUAACUACUGAUGUUGUUGCACCUUCUGCAUGGACAAUCUUUGGAUGUCAAAAUGGAUUACGACUAUUUAAAGAAGCCAAAGACAGGGAUAUUCAUGGAAAGCGAUGGGAUGACUAUCCUGCAAUCAUGGCUGUUGGUGUUGUGGAUGGAACAUCAGAGAACAUAUUUCGGGCUGUCAUGUCUCUCGGUUCCUUAAGAUCACAAUGGGAUUACUCUUUUUAUAGAGGGAAUGUUGUUGAGAACCUUGAUGGCCACACAGAUAUAGUUCACAAGGAGCUAUGUGCUUCUUGGCUACCUUGGGGAAUGAAACAAAGAGACCUCUUGUUGAGACGGUAUUGGAGAAGGGAUGACGAUGGAACAUAUGUGAUCCUUUAUCAUUCGGUAUAUCACAAAAAGUGCCCUCAGCAGAAAGGCUUUGUUCGUGCAUGCCUUAAAAGUGGAGGUUAUGUAAUAACUCCUAUCAGCCAUGGGAAGCAGUCUGUUGUGAAACAUAUGCUUGCCAUUGAUUGGAAACAGUGGGCAGCUUAUUUGGCACCCUCUUUAGCCCGAUCAACAACUAUACAUAUGCUUGGGAGAAUUGCUGCAUUAAGGGAACUUUUCAAAGCAAAGGCAGGAGAUUGCUUCUCUAAUAUAAUAUCUGGUGAUUUGGCUUUUUGCCAUAACACACAGAAUGAGAAUAGGACUGAAAUGUACCCACCUUCUCCAAACGGGGUAGAAAAUAUGGAAGAGCAAAAAGACGAAACAGCUGAACUUGGUAGCCUUGCUGAACUCAAUGAUGUUAGUGAUGAAUUUUUUGAUGCUCCAGAAGGAUCAGAUUUUGAUCUACCAGAUCAUGGUUGGCCUUCUGACUGCAGUCCAGAGACAAUUUUGCAGGAUUCACGGCCAAAGCUAUCAACUGCUGCUGUGUUUGCAAAAAAAUUGCAUGAGUUAGCAGUGCAUAAGAAGGGCUACGUCGAUUUGAUUGAGAUGGCUGCCAAAGAUGGAACAUCUUGCUGCUAUGGUGCAACACUUAAUAAGGAUCCAACAUGUACUGUUGCUUCCAGUUGGACAACAGCCGAACCAUCUACAUUUUUGAUUCGUGGAAAGACGUAUUUAAAAGACAGUAAAAAAAUCAAAGCAAAUCAGACCUUGAUGAAAAUGGUUGCUGCUGACUGGCUAUCAUCUGACAAAAGAGAAGAUGAUCUAGGGGGUCGCCCUGGUAGUAUUGUGCAGAAUUAUGCAGCGAAGGGCGGGUCUGAAUUCUUUUUCAUAGUUAAUAUACAGGUCCCUGGAUCAAAGACGUACAAUCUAGCACUGUACUAUAUGAUUAAUAAUCUAGAAGACGCACCUCUGCUGAAGAGUUUUGUUGACAGAGACGAUGCUUACAGAAAUUCAAAAUUUAAACUUAUUCCGUACAUAUCCAAGGGCUCAUGGAUUGUCAAACAAAGUGUUGGAAAGAAAGCAUGCUUAGUGGGCCAAGCAUUGGAAAUUAAUUAUUUUCAAGGGAUGAAUUAUAUAGAGCUUGGAAUUGAUAUUGGUUCAUCAUCAGUGGCAAGAGGAGUAGUUAGUCUUGUUCUUGGCUACCUUAACAACUUGGUUAUUGAAAUGGCAUUCUUGAUUCAGGCUGAUACAGAUGAAGAGCUCCCUGAACAACUUCUUGGAACCUGUCGUCUCAACCAUGUAGAUGCUUCUAAAGCGGUUCAAGUAACAUAAUAAAAUCAGAAUCAGGAUUUUGUUCAUUUACUUAUCCGAUGAGGUGCCUUAUUAUCUUGAAAUUGAAGCAUUUGGUGUUCUUCAUUGUCUACGAUGAGGCUACCCUGAUGAAGUGAAAAUUUGAUUUUAAACCAAAAAUUUUCACAUGUAUAUCCUAGUUCUUUGAUGUACAUAACUGAUUUGUUGGGUUUUACUAAUUUAUAGUGGAUAGUUAAUUCUUUGUUGUCUUAUAGGGUAUACUAUGUAGUAUAGGAUCUUACUAUCUUAGCAAAGAAAAAGGUCUAGCUGUAGUGAAUUGGACAUCCUGUAUCAACUGAAAUCUCAUCCUCUCUACCAAAAGCCAUUCAAUUGUGCCUCAAAAA